AACACUUGCAGUUAACAGGCGUGCGCUUCUCUACUUGCGUCUUAAGAUGGGUGGGACGCAAUAACCGCCCCGAACCCACUCCACGACCACUGGAGUACAUUCGAGCCACUCCAGAGAGACGAAAUCAUCUCUUAAAAUGUUAGCUAUAGUCCUUGUCUUGUUCUUGUGUCCGAUAUUCCAAUGCCAAAAUGAGGAUGCUGACGUUUUGGAGGAUUUGGACCUUGAAAACGACACAAUUUCUGACUUGGAUUUAAAUACCGCUGCUCGUAGGGUUCCGCGCCAGUUGAGAACGACGUUAACUAAGGAGACUAAACCGCAUAUUCUGGAGCUUUCGGUCCAAACCACCAUCAUCUCCCGCUAUGCCUUCACUGCAGUGUCCUGCAGCAUGUUUAAUAGACACUCGGCUGCAACUCAAGGCGUUUUUCAGUUCUACAUCCCUGCUGCUGCAUACAUCUCUAACUUUACCAUGAUUGUGGGAGGACGUGUCUUUCCCAGCCAGGUGAAGGCCAAAGAGAAGAAGAUAAAGAAGGAAGGUGGAGAAAGUAAUGGCAAACCGAAGAACAAAGACUCACCAGAGCAGAGUGAGGGUGAGAUGGAGUUGUUUCGCAUGGCAGUUACUAUCCCUGGACGCAACAAAGCCAUGUUCCUCCUGACCUACGAAGAGCUGCUACAGAGACGAUUGGGCUAUUAUAAACAUGUGACCAGUAUUCGGCCAAUGCAGUUGGUCAGCAAACUCAGUGUGGCUAUUACCAUUGUGGAGCACUCUCGCAUUACUUACCUAGAAGUCUUGCCACUAAAAAAUGGCAAAACUCCAGCCUCCAAUGGCAAAACUCCAGCCUCCAAUGGCAAAGGUAAUGUAGGACCACCAGCUUCCACGAUAAUUAAACAAAACGAAACCUUCUGCAAGAUCACAUUCACUCCCAACAUCGCCCAGCAAGCCAAGAUUGCCACCAAUGGCAUGCUGGGAGACUUUGUGGUCCACUAUGAUGUAGAGAGAGAAUUUGGCAUUGGGGAUAUACAGGUUCAAGAUGGACAUUUCGUGCACUACUUUGCUCCCAAAGACCUGCCUGUCGUGCCUAAGAACGUUGUAUUUGUGAUUGAUACCAGCGCCUCUAUGGCUGGUACUAAAAUGAGACAGACCAAGGACGCUCUGUUCACAAUCCUACGCGAGCUGCGUCCCAACGAUCACUUCAACUUUGUCACUUUUUCCAAUCGCAUCCGCGUGUGGCAGCCUGGCAAGCUGGUGCCUGUCACACCCAACAAUGUGCGGGAUGCCAAGAAGUUCAUCUACAUGAUCUCACCCACUGGAGGCACUGAUAUUAACAAUGGUAUUCAGACGAGCUCAGCGUUGUUAAGGGACUACCUGUCUAGCAAAGAUGAGACCCAUCACAACAGCGUCUCGCUCAUCAUCUUUCUCACUGAUGGGCGCCCAACAGUGGGAGUGGUCCAGAGCCCAACCAUCAUUGGAAACACUAAAGCUGCAGUGCAAGAGAAAUUCUGCAUCUUCACGAUUGGGAUGGGUGAUGAUGUGGAUUACAAGCUGUUGGAGAGGAUGUCCCUAGAGAACUGUGGAACCAUGAGGAGAAUCCCAGAAGAUGCUGAUGCCAGUGCCAUGCUCAAAGGCUUCUAUGAUGAAAUUGGCACACCACUGUUAUCCGACAUCCGAGUUGAAUACUCUGAGGAUGCUGCGGAGUACAUCACCCAGAAUCUUUUCACAAACUACUUCAACGGCUCCGAACUUGUGGUUGCCGGAAAACUGACCAAUCACAGCUCAGACUCACUGCACGUUCAGGUAACAGCCAUCAACAGUGAGCGAAGCAUUGUGCUAGAGAAAGAAGUGUCUUUACGUGAACAGGAGCAAGUAACCAAAAGACGGCUAGCAGAGGCGGAAGUCGGCCAAAAUGCGGAUAGUUACGUAGAACGACUGUGGGGAUACCUGAGCGUUAAAGAUGGACUAAAGGGGCGAAUCCGCAGCCAAACAAGUGGAGAAAGAGAAAACUACACAGAACAUGCUAAGAAUCUGUCAUUAACGUAUAACUUCUUCACACCACUGACGCAAAUGAUAGUAGAACAGCCCAAAGUGUUGGCCGAUGGAACUUUAGCAGAGGCGGAGCCCACCGAAGCCCCGCCUCCUCCUGAAUCAUCCAGUCAGCUGUCGGACGAUGACAACAGUCUAACGCCCCAGAGCCUCUACAGAAAUGCACCACCCAAGCCAAGUUCUGGAGUCGUCCAGGCAACAAGUGGUGGUAACAAACUCAAAAAGUCUGUCACUUUAUCCAAAACAUCCGCUGAUGGUGAUCCUCAUUUUGUGGUGGAGUUUCCCCACAGUAAACUGACAGUGUGUUUCAACAUCAAUGGAGAGCCAGGGCACAUUCUGAGACUGGUGUCUGAUCAUAAAAACUCUGGUGUGACUGUGAAUGGCGCUCUGAUCGGUGCUCCGGCCCCAGUCGGCAGUCAUAAAGAUCAGCGGACGUACUUCAGCACCAUUACUAUAGUAGCCAACAAGCCGAGUCGAUCUUACAUAGAGGUGACCACACAGAAGGUCAUACUGGAUGGCCGUGACCGAAUUAUCCUUCCGUCUAGCUCCAGUAUUUCUGUUGAAACUGCAAACCUGGGUGUGGUACUCAUUGCUAACGAAAAUCUCACAGUGACCAUUCAAGGAACCAUCAAAUUCGUCAUCCUGUUUCACCAUUAUAAAAAUCCAGCCCCCUAUCAGAGAGAUCACCUGGGCUUCUACAUCGCCAACAGUAAGGGGCUGAGCAAAGAAACACACGGGUUGUUAGGUCAGUUUAUGAACGAGGACAUCACAUUGACCCAUAUCCCAGGAAACUUCACCAUGGCUGGAAAAAACAGCACACACGAAACACCAGAGAAAAACACCACGCUAACCAGUUAUCCCGCGUUGAAGCUAAAGGAUCGAACGGUCACCGUCAUGAAGAAAAGCAGGCGAAUCUACUCUGGAAAGCAGACGGUGGACUGCUGGUUUGCCAAAAACAACGCGGCUAAAUUGAUUGACGGACAGUACAGUGAUUAUGUGGUGUCACACCUGUUUGACACAGGAUACGGGGCUAAUGGAACAAACACACACUGAAACGCACAUAUCUGGACUCAUGACACAAAUAACUGUACAUAAACAUUUUGGAAAAACGACACAUACGCUCAUAUACAGUGUUUGAAGUAUAUUAUGUGGACAUACUACUCUAUUGUACUACUGCUUUUUUUUUAGGAAUUUACAGAUAUAUAAACUGUAUAUUUUUAGAUAAUAUAUGAAGUCAUUUUGUACUAAUAAUGUUAAUGAAUUACAUUGUUCAUAAGAUAAACAGUGAGCUCAUGAGAUUACUGAAUUACUGGUGGUAAGUCUGUCUGUGUGUGUGCAAAAAUGGAUCGAUAAUUUUACAACAAGCUUAGCUAACUGCCACAACAAAAUGUUUAUCGUAUUUUGACAUAAUCGAGGGUUUUCUUCCUAAAACUUUCUUUUGAUGAGAACAACUUUCAUACACCGCUGAUGUUGUCACUGUCAUAGAUGUAGCCACACACUGCUUUGACCACACUGAUACGUCAAUAACGCUAUACAAACACACAUACAGGUCAAAGAGGGGAGCUGUUUUAACGAAUUAAAAGCACGUUAACAUCUGCGUGGAGUACAAAA